UAGGGGUGGUCAUUAACAGUUGCGAGGGGAAGGCCUUACUCAAUCUAUGUAUUUUUUCUUUUGUCGUACCCUCACAAGUAUUUCACUUCGCCAUAAUUGUGGUUUAUCUAUAUGUGGACUCCUGACUGUUUUUCUAAGCUUUUUAAUGUCGAGUGAAACACCGGGACGCCCCCCUCUUUUCGUUUGUCGGUCGUAACGCCCGAACAUCCAGCUGAUUGCUUUGAGUGCCGUUCAAUUAUUCCAGUUCAAACUGAGCCGUUUUGUUUGACUUAACGGAUGGUUUUUGUGGCCGAAAGGGGCCGAGUUCGCCACCUUUUCUCACCGACUUGAGGACUUUAAAAGAAAGAGGACAUUUAUCUUUUUGUCUUGAGUGUUGGAUCGUUUUUCUCGCGGAACGACCAGGCCCCGGACUCAUCCCCAGCCUCGCGUUUCCAUAUCGGUUUUUGUUGGAAGUCAUGGGAGACACAAGUGAACGAAGCAAACCACCGAGUCUACCGCCCCGGUGUCCCUGUGGAUUUUGGGGGUCCAGUGAAACCAUGAACCUUUGCUCCAAAUGUUUUUCCGACAUCCAGAAGAAGCAGCCAGGGGAGGACUGCACCUCCAAGCCCAUCCAAAGCACCGGGAGUAGCCAAUUGCCGGUUUUCAUUAGCGAGACGAGCAGUAGCAGUAGCCAAUCCCUAUUGUCGUCGCCGCCCUCUAGCUCCGAGCAGCCGUCAACCGAAGAGCCCUCACCCACGUUUCCCAGCACUAGAGAAGGCAUGUCGUCCACAGACACAGCCCAGGGCACACUCUGCACACCCACAAAGCGUCCACGGGAAUCAGCGUCGGGCUCGGAGAGUGAGGCGACGCCGGAGAAGCGGCCCCGGACAGACGAGAAGGAGGAGAGCGGCGAGGAGGCCCGCGGGACGCCCAAGCAGAAGAACCGUCGGCGCUGCUAUCGCUGCCAAACCAAACUAGAGCUGGUGCAGCAGGAACUUGGCUCCUGUCGCUGCGGCUAUGUAUUCUGCAUGCUUCACCGUCUACCCGAGCAGCACGACUGUCUGUUCGACCAUCUGGGCCGCGGGCGCGAGGAGGCCGUCCUCAAGAUGGUGAAGCUGGACCGCAAGGUGGGGCGCUCGUGCCAACGCAUCGGGGAGGAGUGCUCCUGAUUGGCCACGCCGUGACCAGCCAUCCCGUGAGAAACGAGGCACUUACAAAGAGGAGGAGGAGGAGGAGGAGGAAGGAGAGCG